AUGAAGCAUAAGGCAAGAUUGGUUGCUAGGGGUUUUCUUCAACAACAAGGAAUUUAUUAUAGUGAGGUAUAUGCUCCUGUGGGUAGAAUGGAGACUAUCAUAUUAGUCAUUGCUAUUGCCAGUUCAAUGAAUUGGUCACUAUUUCACAUGGAUGUAAAAUCAGCAUUUUUGAAUGGUCCAUUGGAAGAAGAGGUGUAUGUGUCUCAACCACCUGGCUUUGAGGUUGAAACAGAGAAACACAAGGUAUACAAGCUUCAAAAGGCUUCCUUAAGCAAGCUCCAAGAGCUUGGAAUAAAAGGAUAG